CAUGACCAACAUCAUCGAUCGUUAUGGCAUACAACAUGCUUGUGAACUUAGAAGCUUGGAUCUUGCAGAAAAUACUCGGAGUUAUCUUCCACACAAUGAGUUACUCGAAUCAGUCAAAAGCAAUCUUGAAGAAUCAAAUGUCGACAACGUAAGUGUAGAUUCUCUAAUUUCUCUGGAGGACCAGCUCGAAACUGCUCUGUCUGCAACUAGAGCUAGGAAGACAGAACUAACGAUGGUUGUGAAGAUGCUUCAAGAAAGGUUAGUGCUACCAUCCCGGUCAUUAUCGGCUAUGCUGAUUCUUGAAUCCUCUUGCAGAUCACUAGACCCAAAUCUCUAG